CCAGGGAUCUUGAAACACUUACCUUUUCAUUGUACACGGUUUUUCCACCAUGUUUGGAAAGAAAAAGAAAAAGCUUGAAAUCUCCAGUCCUUCCAAUUUUGAGCACAGGGUGCACACGGGAUUUGAUCACCGAGAACAAAAGUUCACCGGACUACCUCAGCAGUGGCACAGUUUACUUGCAGACACGGCCAAUCGGCCAAAGCCGAUGGUGGAUCCUUCGUGCAUCACCCCCAUCCAGCUUGCUCCUAUGAAGACUAUUGUUAGAGGAAAUAAACCUUGCAAGGAUACUUCAAUCAAUGGCUUGCUAGAAGAAUUUGACAAUAUCUCGGUGACACGAUCCAACUCCCUCCGGAAAGAGAGCCCGCCCACCCCUCACUUUGGACAUUCAAACCACGUAGGUAGUCACCAGCAAGAAAAUGGCUACAUCACGUACUCUCAGUACUCAAGUGAGUCAGAGACAGCAGCAGACUUUGUUACUGAAAAAUACAGAGACAAGAGCACUCACGGGGAAGAAUUAGACAAAUACUCCAGAGGCAGCUAUGCCGCAAAACAAAAUGGACAUGUCAUGAAAAUGAAACCCAGCGAUAUGUAUUUUCCGGAAGCCAAAACUCUGAAGUCUGAUAUAUCUAGAUUCUUACCAGAUUAUCAUGCUCACAUGGACACAAAAAGCAAACUGAGUGACUACGGUGGUCUGAAGUUGGAAUACCAGAGGGCGACUAGUGGAUCUUCUCUGGAUUACAAAGAGUCUUUUCACUACACUCCCUCUAGAACUUCAAUUCACAGCCAGUGCUCAAGGGAGAGACUAGAAUACGGGGACAGCGAAUGGGGCAAGAAUGACUAUGACAAAAGACCCAAAUCAUCCUAUGUAAACCCAGCAAGCCCUCAACCGGCCAUGAGACAGAGGUCCAGGUCCGGCUCUGGUCUCCAAGAGCCGAUCACGCCCUAUGGAGCAAGUGCUUUUAAGUCCAGCCAGCAAGGGCAUUCGUAUAGUUCAUAUACCUACCCUCGCUUAUCAGAAACUGCAACAGCCAUUCCAAAGCUGGAUUAUGAUCGAGCACAGAUGGUAGUAAGCCCACUGCUGUCUGGAUCAGACACUUAUCCUAGAGGCCCAAGCAAGCUACCUCAAAGUCAGAGCAAAGUCAGCUAUUCAGGCAGUGGCUACCAGUACCCUGCAGUCUAUCACAAAUUCUCUCACUAUCACCACCAGCCUUCUCAGCAGCCGAGCUCUCCUUACAUUUCCACAGCUUCUUACCCCACCUCCCCGAGUGUCCCUUCAAGCACGUACCCCCCGCCAAGCUGGGGCUCCUCCUCAGAUCAGCAGCCCUCCCGGGUGUCCCACGAGCAGUUCCGAGCAGCUUUGCAGCUGGUUGUGAGCCCUGGGGACCCUCGAGAAUACUUGGACAACUUCAUUAAAAUUGGGGAAGGCUCCACAGGUAUUGUUUGCAUCGCCACCGAGAAGCACACGGGGAAGCAAGUGGCUGUGAAGAAAAUGGACCUCAGGAAACAGCAAAGACGAGAGCUGCUCUUCAAUGAGGUUGUCAUAAUGCGAGAUUAUCAUCACGAAAAUGUAGUUGACAUGUACAACAGUUACCUGGUGGGAGACGAGCUGUGGGUUGUUAUGGAGUUUCUGGAAGGUGGCGCUUUGACUGAUAUAGUGACUCAUACGAGAAUGAACGAAGAACAGAUAGCCACCGUUUGCCUGUCUGUCCUAAGAGCUCUGUCCUACCUGCACAACCAAGGGGUCAUCCACCGAGAUAUAAAGAGCGACUCCAUACUUCUUACAAGUGAUGGGCGAAUAAAACUAUCAGAUUUUGGGUUCUGUGCCCAAGUUUCAAAAGAUGUUCCAAAGAGGAAAUCACUCGUCGGAACCCCAUACUGGAUGGCUCCAGAAGUGAUAUCCAGGCUGCCUUAUGGCACUGAAGUGGAUAUCUGGUCCCUUGGUAUCAUGGUAAUAGAAAUGAUAGAUGGAGAGCCACCGUAUUUCAAUGAGCCACCUCUCCAGGCAAUGCGCAGAAUACGAGACAAUUUACCACCAAGAGUGAAGGAUCUGCAUAAGGUCUCCUCCGUUCUUCGUGGCUUUUUAGAUUUGAUGCUGGUGAGGGAACCUUCCCAGAGGGGAACAGCGCAAGAACUGCUGAGGCAUUCCUUUCUGAAACUGGCUGGACCUCCGUCGUGCAUCGUGCCUCUCAUGAGGCAAUACAGGCACCGCUGAAUUCAGCAACUCUGUCUCUCUCUGGCAGAUUGCACAGAAACCAGAGGGGGAAACUGUGCACUGAGCUGAAAGUGCCAGCAAGCAGAACCACCGAGAAACGGCAGACAUGAGCUCAACGCUAUGAAGGAGACCGCUCUGUUUCUGUGCUUGUUCAACAGAUGUGUUGGCCGCGUUGGAGCCAUCCUCCACAGUCAGAUGAUGUUUCAGCCGACCAACUCGCAAUGCAGAAGGAAGGGGCCCUGCUGGGAAACCAGGCGGUGGUGGGCUUGUAGCAAA